UGCUAGCGAUGGAAUCAGUGAACGACUCAUGAUUGGCAAGCAGCCUGCCCAGGCUACCAAGAAAGCUUGAGAUCCGUGCUCGAGGAAGCGAUGUCAACCCGACGUAUCCUCUUAUUUAAACCUCGUCGCUCUCCCUCGUUCUGUCAAAUGUCAGUCACUCAGCCAGUCAACAAUGGCUUUCAUCAUCGAGCAGCUGGAAAGCUACCAUCUGCUGCAAGGCGCAGUCGUGGCCCUUCUCUUGGUCUUGGUGUUGAGAUUUUCUCAGGAGUCCACUGAAAGCUUUCCUUACAAAAACAUUCCCCUGAUCGGGAAAAGCAGAUGGGAGCUCUCGAACAGCAAGGCUAAGCAGCGAUUCGUGACAUCCGCCAAGGAGCUCUUCGAGGAGGGGUUCAGCCAGGGCAGAAAGGUCUUUCAACUGGUCGCAGCCUCCGAUCCAACCAUCGUGCUCCACCCCAGCCUUGUGGAUGAGGUCAAGAACCACCCGCAUCUCAGCUUCGACGAAGCGAACAAGAAGUUCUUUUUUGGAUCUAAAAUUCCCGGCUUCGAGGUCUUCGAGAAGAUAGAGCCGAUUCAAAUGGAUGUGAUCAACAAGCGCCUUACCCAUUCUCUCGGUCAACUCGUGACUCCUUUAUCGAAGGAAACUAGCUCCGUGCUACGAGAAAAGCUUCCCAAAAGUGAUGCAUGGACUCCGGUCAGCUUCGCUAUGGACAUACCAUACAUCGUUGCACGGUUAUCUACCCUCGUGUUUCUGGGUGAGAAAAUCUGUCGUGACGAACAGUGGCUGAAUGUCUCCGUCAACUUCACCAUCGACGCCUUCGUGGGUGCGCGCGAUCUUCGAGCUUGGCCAUCGAUUCUUCAACCGUUAGUGCACUGGUUCAUACCCACCGUCCAGGGGGUGCGCAAACAUGUGAAGAUUGGGUCCGCGAUCGUCAACAAAGAGAUCGAAAGGCGAAGACUCAUUCGAGAGGGGCGGCUCCCCGCAGAGAACCCGCCUCGAAGCCACGAGGAUACACUGGACUGGUUUCAUGAGCUUGCAGACGGACGUCCGUUGAACGUGGCGCAGGCGCAAAUGGGCCUCACUAUGGCCGCCAUCCACACGACGUCCAACCUCCUGACCAACGUGAUGUACGACCUGACGGCCUACCCCGAAUACAUCCAGAUACUCCGUGACGAGAUCCAAACGGUCAUUACCGAAGACGGCGGCUCUCUGAAGAAGACCAGCCUCACGAAGAUGAAGAAAAUGGACAGCGUGCUGAAGGAAAGUCAGCGAAUGAACGCCGCCGGAAUUGCCUUUCUCAACCGCCUCGCCACGAAAGAGAUCUCCCUUUCCGACGGCAUGCGCAUCCCCAAGGGCGCAAGCAUGCUCGUUUCCGCCCACAUCUUCGAGGACGCGUCCAUCUACACCUCCCCGGAUGUCUACGACGGCCUGCGCUUCUACAAGUGGCGACAAUCCCCCGGAAGCGAGCACCGGUUCCAGUUCGUGACGACGAGCGCGGAGCACUACGCCUUCGGUCACGGGAUGCACGCGUGUCCCGGACGGUUCUUCGCGGCGAACGAGAUCAAGAUCCUGCUCGUGCAUCUGCUGAUGCGCUACGACUGGAAGUUCGAAGAUCGGACUGAGCGACCGCCGAACUUCAUGCAUGGGACGGAGUCGAUCUGCGACCCGACCGUCCGGUUGUUGUUCAGGUUUCGGGAGCCGGAGGUGGAUCUCUCGAGGUUGGAGUAGGGUCUAGGGGUUGACUGUUGUGAUUGUUGGUAGAACAGGAACUUGAACGCUAUCCACUGCAGAAAUCAACACAUGUACUGUACAAACA